AAAAAAAAAAGCAAAGCACAUAGAAAAAUUGCUAGAAAUACUUAAAAAGAAAUGAGAAAGCAGGCUCGGACAGAGCUCAACCCCCGCCCUGAACCCAACACCUCAAGGCUGGGGAUGAUGCCCGGUGCACGCGUGGGGCGUUAUCCCGACAGGGCGUUGCGAUCGGGGAAAUAUUUAACCACGUCGGCGUCAUCGUGUGGGGCAGGCGGUGCAGGCAUGGAGGGCAGCGAGUGCCUGCAGCUGUUGCUUCGCCGCUGCCGCGAGGCCAAGGACUGCGCCUACUGCCCCUACAGCCGCUUCCCUGUGGGCGCCGCGCUGCUCACUGCCAGUGGGGAGAUCUUCUCCGGGUGCAACGUGGAGAACGCCUGCCACAGCCUGGGGGUGUGCGCCGAGCGCACUGCCAUCCAGAAAGCCAUCUCCGAGGGGCACACACGCUUCAGGGCCAUGGCCAUUGCCAGCGACAUGUCGGACUUCAUCACGCCCUGCGGAGCCUGCAGACAGGUGAUGAGAGAGUUUGGCACAGACUGGGACAUCUACCUGACCAAACCUGAUGGCACCUACAUUGUGAAGACACUACAGGAGCUCCUGCCUCUCUCCUUUGGCCCUGAGGACCUGCAGAAGGCAUGAGCUGCACACCUGUGCUUCCUUUUUGGCGCUGGGGACGAUGGAUUAUUCCCCCAGCUUUCCCUCUGUGCAAGUGGCUCCACAGGAAUGAUGCCAUGCAAAAGGAUUUGCUGCGUGGAUGUUGCUUGGAUCCAAGGCUGCAAAACUGGGGACAAAAAGCAACUUCAGCUUAAAGUCUGCAACAUUAUCCACCAGCCAUUUGUGCACAGGCAGCUCGCUGUUCAGUGGGCUGUCACUGCAGGGCCUCUGCCCCUUUUUGCCUAUUUUUCUUUUUCUUUCUUUUUUUUUUUUUUUUGCUUGCUUUUAUUACCAUUUGUGGAGACAAAGAGGAGUUCUGGGGGAGUUCACUGAUUGUCCUGGCAAUUAAAUUAUGCAUAACAGAAAGAAAAGCUGUGUUACUUUAACGAGCUGGGCCGUGCUCUGUGCACCAGUGCCCCAUGCCCUGUGCUCCAUGCCCUGUGCCCCAUGCCCUGUGCCCUGCAGCGUGCUCUGCUCUGCAUGCACCAUGCCCUGUGCAGCACACACUGUGCACUGUGCACUGCAUGCUAUGCAGCCAUGCUCCAUACACCGUGCUCUGUGCACCUCAUGCCGUGCACCAAUGCACUGUGCACCUAUGCAACGUGCAUGAUCACCGCGCUGUGUAUCAAUGCACCAUGUGCCAUGCACCAAUGCACUGUGCACCAAUGCAUCCAGCUCCGCGCACCCAUGCAUCAUGCGCUGCAUGCCAAAUGGACUGUCAUCGUGCACCGUGUGCUGCACUUAGUGCACCAGAGCACCACACACUGUGCACAAAAGCACCAUUCGCUGUACGUGUGCACUGCACACUGCUGUGAACCAAUGCACCAUGCACCGUGCAAUGCACUUUGUGCACCAAAGCACCACGCGCUGUGCAGCGCUCCGUGCACCAAUACACUGUGCUCUGUGCACCAAUGCAUCACACUCUGUGAACCAACACGCUGUGCACUAAUACUCUGUGCUCUGUGCACCAAAGCAUCAUCCACU